ACUCACCCAUGGGUGCUGCCUCCAGGACAGGGCUCCUCGGAGGGUGGACGCUGCUGCUCUGCGUGGCCUCACUCCAGGACAGCCAUGUGUGUGGGGAGGUGCAGCCGCAUCGUGGGGCCCUGCCUGCUGGUGCUGGGCACGUUCUCCAUGGCAGCCAGCAUCCUCCUGCUCUUCCCUGGUGGAACAUCCAAGUACCUGCUGGAGGGGCACAUCAGCAGCCACGCCAAGGCCGUGCCGGGCGUCUGGGGCGGCGGCAUCGCCGUGCUGCUGGCAGCGACCCACGUCACGGCGCUGGGGUGGCAGUGCUCCGGCUGCUCCGGCUGCGGCACCCGCCAAAACGCCUUCGUCUCCGUGGUGCUCUCCAAGGUGGCGCUGGUGGGCGCCGCCGCCUGCUUUGUGCUGUCCGGGGUGGGGCUGACCAAUGGCCCCCUGUGCCUCUACAACGCCACCGAGCUCAGCCCCGGGCGCGGGGCCCUCUGGGGCUACCCCUUCCUGGAUGCCAUCGGCCAGGGGCCUGACGCCAGGGCUGAGAACUACCUGUACAACCGGAGAGCCUGGAGCGUCUGCCUGGAGCCCCAGGGCAUCGUGGCCUGGCACGUGGUGCUCUUCUCCCUCCUGCUGCUCCUCAGCGUGGCCGAGAUGGUGCUGGCCCUGCUCCAGAUCCUCAACGGCUGCCUGGGCUGCCUCUGCGGCCUCUGCCAGGGGAAGUAGGGGAGGCUCCCAGGAGGCUCCCAGGAGGUGUCACCCCGGCUGUCACUUGGCUGCUGGCACACAGCAUGGAGAGGGCACAGCAGGAGCAGUGCCACCAGCCCAGUGCAAGAGACCUGUGGG